GUAAACCCAACGCACUCGCGUAAAACUACCUGGUUAAACUGAAUUAGAUAGGUCAAAUAUUAUUUCCAAAAUGGCGACUUCAAGCUGUCUCCUUACGUUUACAUCAUUCAUGAUCAUUUUCUUGGAGAUGGGAUCUCUGAAAUCGUUCGGUGUUUUAUUCAACCCUAUGAUGGAUUCUCUAGAAUGCAGUGCAGCUGAACUGGGGACUGUAAUCGGCAUGUCGAACAGUAUUGGUUUUAUCAUUGCACCGAUCACAGGGAAUCUUGCAAGGCGAUAUGGCAGCCGGGUGUGUGUAACGACCGGAGGGUUCUUGCUUUUUGUUGGAUACCUUGCCAGUGCGUUCACUUGGAACAUCUUCCAGUUAACCAUCACAUUGGGAUUAACAACAGGUGUUGGUAUGGGUCUUACCUACAUACCACAGACAGUUGCACUGGUAUCGUCACCAUCAGGGCAUUUUCCGGUCAUGUACGCCAUAGCACUUCUAGGUGGGUCAUUUGGUGUCAUGGCGUUCCCUCCUGUAGUCGAUUUUCUUCUCGGAAUCUAUGGAUGGCGUGGAACCUUGAUGAUCAUGUCUGCUGUUAUGUUCCACGUGUCUGUGUUUGGUGCACUGAAUGGUCAACACGUCCAUAAGUAUUCAAAGUUAAAUACAACAGACACUGAUCAAGUAUCAAAUGACAAGAAUGAGCCCGGCUUUCGUAAUCGGCUGAAGGGAGUUGCUUCCUGGCUUUCCUUAAAUAUCCUCGCUGAGAAACCAACGCUACUUCUUCAACUCGGUGCUUCUACACUACAAGGCAAAUCUUCUGCUGCUUGGAUGGUAUUUCUAGUACCUCAUGCAGUAUCAAGAGGUAUAACUCUCUCUGCAGCAGCUCUGUUAUCUACUGGAGGUGGUGUUGGAAACCUUGUUGGAAGACUCCUUCAUAUUCCUUUGCAGGGCUACAAUGUCAUCAGUGCAUUUUGGUUCUUUGUGUUAAUGUGUCUUAUAAACUCAGUGGCAAUGUUCAUGGAUUCAUUUGCCCAAGAUAAUUAUGUUGUCGUGAUGUUUUUGGCUUGUGUCAACGGGGGCGCCAUUGGACUUCUAAACAUUCUAGUGACGUUAGUGGUGAAAGAAAUGUACGACGAAAGUUUUCUCGUUGAUUUCUAUAUUUUAAGUAACUGCCUCUACGGGCUUGGAGAAAUCAGCGGAAGUUUUGCAGCAGGGUUGCUUUACGACCUGACACGAAGUUACGACCUAGCGUUCGUCGGGCUUGGAAUCAUCAACAUUGUAAUGAUGGUACUCAUGCUGGUGGACGGCGUUAUUCAGCGAUGUUGUUCCCACCAUUGAUUAACAAUUUGCUCAAAAUGCUUUUUGCCCUCACUAAAGUUUGCUUGAGAGUUUUUAAGUCACAAAUUUGGUUGCUAGUGUUUGAACGUAGUCAUCGUUAUUGAUGUAUUCCACGUCGUUGACUGCAAUAUUUUGUAGACGCCACUAAAGCCAAACCUUAUUUGUUGCAUGUGCUUAUUUAAAAAUCCUGUCCGGAAACCCUGAACCGUAACCUCCCCGUGAAUCACUACGAAACACUUCUCCAAAAAUAUUGGUGCACAAAAUGAAACAAUAGACUUGCGAGAUUAUUACAAGAGGAAAUAGUCGUACCUCAAUGUCGUCUGACCUAAAUGCAGUCACAAACUUGUCCCCAGAUGUCGCCCCGACCUAAAUGGAGCCCCGAAGUUGUACCCAGAUGUUGUCCUGACCUAAAUGGAGCCCCGAAGUUGUAACCAGAUGUCGCCCUGACCUAAAUGGAGCUCCGAAGUUGUACCUACGACCUAAAUGGAGCCCCGAAGUUGACCCCAGAUGUCGCCCUGACCUUAAUGGAGCUCCGAAGUUGUACCUACGACCUAAAUGGAGCCCCAAAGUUGUACCCAGAUGUCGCCCGAACUAAAAUCUUUAGCCCCAAGCUGUACCUAAAUGUCGAUCAAAGUUGAACCUAAAAGGUCGGGGUGACUUUUAGGUGCCGCACAGACGGCCCAAAACUGUUAUCAGACUUUAUGAUCCAUGUCAGCAGACCUACUUCGUAAAAAUUGUCAAUUUAAUGCAUAUUUUGAUUAAAAACAAGACCGUAUCAGACCGUAUAGUUUUAUUGUUCUGCAAAUUUGAAUUUGUCAAAUAAAAAAGUAUACCCGGAUAAAUGUAAAAUUGGAGCUCAACGGAGGAUUACAGACGCAUUUUUUCUUAAUAAUAACCGUAUUUAUAACGCACCCAUUGUCAAAGGAUACAAAGCGCCAGGUAUUUUUACUGCAAGGUGAGUAGGACGAAGUUUGAAUUAUGAGACCUAAUCCUUUAGCACCAUGUAUUGAU